AUAGCACACUUUUUUUACUCCUUUUCUAGAUGGCAUCUGCUGAAGUUAAUACUCCUGUGUCUAUGAGGAUGACUAGAAGAAGAACUAAGUUAAUUUGUAAGCCAGAGGUAAUUCAGGAAUCUCAGUUUGAAGAGUUGGAACAUGCAGAAACAAAGUCAGAUAUCAGUGAUAGCUUAGAAAUGCAAAUUGCUAGAAAGGAGAACACAACUGUUUGUUCAGCACAGUCAGUUGCUGAACCACAAGCUGAUGGGAAUGUGUCAGAAACAGAGUCAAACUGCUCUGCUGUGUCUGGACUUCAGACACCUUUGAUUGUAAGAGUAACAAGAAGACGACAGAUUGUAGUUCCUUAUCCGCCAGAUUCCCCUGACAAAAAAAGGCAUGACAAGACAGCUUUUCUAACUAAGUUAGGCAGUAUUCUGGAUGAAGAUGAUGUAUCUGAAUCUGAGUCUUGUUCCUCUACUGUUUCUGGUGUCCAGAUACCUAAUGUUACCAGGACUACAAGAAGCAGGCAAAACAAAAAGAAAUUGCAGCCAGAUACAGUUUGUGAAGAUGUUUCUGAUGCAGAGUCAUGCUGCUUAAGUUAUCCGAUGAAAUCAUCAGUCACUGCCAAACGAAUUACUAGGACCAUGCAAAUGAAAUUGCAGGCAGAAAAUACUAAGCAGGCUGGGAAAGGAAAUAGAAUUGUUUCAGAAGAUAAUUUAGUUGAGGACACUGUUAAAUCUGAGCCAGUAAUAAUUUCUGAUUCUGGACCUACUGCAGAACUUGUCUCUGACACAGAAGAUGCUGCUUCUGUCACUGAGGAUGGUAAAGAACCCAAUUCACCUAAAAGCAAAUGUUCUUCUAAAUUUGCCAAUACAACCUGGAGUGGAGCUGUGAAAGAAGAGGUUUUGAAUGAUGAGACACCCAGCAGUCUUACAAAAAUGAAACAAAGUGACCCUGAAUUGCCUGGGAAAAAAGCAACAAAAAAUACACAGUCUGUUGUGGUAGAUGAUUCAGAGGGAGCAUGUAGCCAAAUACAAGAAGAAUACAGUAAAAUACUUGCGAGGGUGGGGAAGUUAGAGCAUAUGGCUGUUUCUUUGACUGAUUGCAUGAGUUCCAAACAAUUUUUAGAAUCUCAAGGGCAAAUAACACCAAAUGAAGGUGAAAAAAUUCCGGAAUGCAAAAGAGCAGAUGCUGAGCCAGAUGCAGAGCAAUCUUUCACCCAUACUGAUAAAUUAAGAAAGGGUGGGCAGGAUAGUGCAGGGAGCAGCCCACAAAAGGACACAACUGUUACCCAAAGAACGGAUAGUGUUGGCAAAUGCAGGGUGCUGGAAAUCAGUAUGGACAGUGGUGAAGACCAAACAGGAGAAUAUGCUGAAUCGGUAUCCCACAGCAGUGAAAGAUCAAGUAGUGGAAACAAUUCUAUUAUAUUGUUUCUGGACAAAGAUGAAAGUGAUGAAUCUGAAAAUAGUGAUGUGGAGAACAUAGGUACAGUUGAAGAGAAUCUAUGUUAUAAAGAGGCAGAUGAAAGGACUCCUUCCCUCAGCAAACCUUUAGAAAACAAUUCACUGCCUGCUGAAGGGCUUUUUGUAAUUGAUACUGAGCCUGGCAUGAGUUCCAGCCGGAAGUAUUAUCUAGAUCAGGUAGACCAAGGUAGUGAUUCUGAAAGUAAACAUGAAGGAAGUGAAAAAGGCAAAGAAUCCUCAGAUCUGGAAGAAGCAGAAGAUGAGUUGAUAGAUGAAGAUGAGAAAGAUGAGGAUGAUGAUUUGUUGAAAAGCAAGACUGACAUCUUACAUCUUUCCAGCAGUAUAGACCCUGGUUUGAAUAUCAAGAAACUUGGAGGCUUAUAUAUUAGUUUUGACGCAAAAAACCAAAAGGCUAGGUCGAGUGUAAUUAAACAACCGAAGGAGAAAAAGAAGGACCAGCUCUUGCAGAAGAGUAUAAUAACGCCAGAUUUUGAGAAAAAGGAAUGCGUCCCAGCCUUCAGGGAAUCGCUUCACCAGCUCAAGAAACAACGAAGGGCAGAGCGAGAGAAAACAACAGGUGACGGUUGGUUUGGUAUGAAAGCCCCAGAAAUCACAAGUGAACUGAAAAAUGAUCUUAAAGUUUUGAAGAUGAGAGCUUCGUUGGACCCUAAGCGUUUUUAUAAGAAGAAUGAUAGAGAUGGUCUACCCAAGUACUUCCAGGUUGGAACUGUGGUUGAUUCUCCCAUAGACUUUUACCAUAGUCGAAUCCCUAAGAAACAAAGGAAGAGAACAAUUGUUGAAGAGCUGCUUGCAGAUUCUGAGUUUAGAAGAUAUAAUAAAAAGAAGUAUCAGGAGAUCAUGAGUGAAAAAGCAGCUUUUGCAGCAGGGAAGAGGAAUCGGAAGAAGAAGAAAUUUCACAAUUAAGACUUGAAGAAAAUAACAAGCUGGAACAACUUAUCUGUUAUAAAACUUUUUACA